UGUACUUAAGCUCUACAAAGUACACAAUUAAUUUAACCAGUUAUUUUUUUCUGAACACAUUUCAAGAUUAAACCAAAUUAAAUUCCAGAAUGCCUAGCAUCAAUAAAUCCCAGAGAAAUGUAGUGUACAAAUGGUUGUUAUUUUGUAUGAAAGCUAUCGGUCCUGACUUUCACAAAUUAUCAGACUUACAAAGGGCAGGGGUAAAUAAACAGGGUCUACUUAAACCCCCCGAUACAAAAAACAAACAGUGACCAAUUCUUUGGAUAGAUUAUUCAUGCUUGUCAUGUCAGCUGUAUAAGGCAGUUAUCUCCCCUGUUGAUUAGAGAAAGCAGACUGUGCCUCAUUAAUUCAUUGCUCCGUACACUCAACACGACAUGAAAAGUUACAAAACGUCUUUUAGUUAGCAAAACAGUCAUCUUGCUCAGAUUACCUUUGCACUUGCUAUCUGCAAGGUGAAUAUAAUUGUGCAAAAAUGAUGGAUUUAUGCAAUCUCUGAAGUAAAAAUGCACCUGCAAAAGGCAGUCUCAAACAUAAGUUAUUAGACAACCAAAAAGACAAUUACAUGAUGCGGUCUCGGAAGACUUUGACUUUAUUCAUCCUUCUAGCUCUUGUGGCUUUCGCUAGUGGUUUUGAUUUACGUGAUCAAAGUGUAUGUCCAAAGAAAUGUGUUUUGUGUGAAAAAAAUGACACCUCUUGGGAGAUCUUGGGAGCUGUUUGUGAAGAUGUGACCAUAGCCGAACUUGCUGGGCCUGUGAAACAUGUACACAUUUAUGAUGGGGCACCAGACAAGAUCCCCAAUGGUAUUCUCAAAGAUUUUCUCUUUUUUGGAAUCCAGGAUUUAACGUUUCUUAAAAUCGAGAACUAUGGACUAAAACAGAUUUGGGGAUCACCUCUGACCAACAAUACAAAUUUAGAGGUUCUUGAUCUGACAAAGAAUGAAAUUUCAGAAAUCACAGACCAAUCCUUUCUGGGUCCAUCAGGUUUGAGAGUGCUUAUUCUAUCCAAGAACAAUAUUUCUCACAUUCCAAAUGACACUUUUUCUGGAUUGCAAAGCCUUACCAAUCUCAACUUGUCAUAUAACCAUCUUGAAAGCAUAAGUCCUGUUCUAUUUGAUGGUCUGCCAAAACUCAAAGAUCUUGAUUUAUCACACAAUAGAAUUGAUUCACUUAGUAAAGAGGUGAUGAAAAACAUUGACACGAUUGAGAGAUUAAAACUGGGCUAUAAUCAAUGGAAGUCCGUGCCUCCUCAGCUUUUUACAGGACUUACACAUCUGUAUUUUCUCAGCCUGGAGGGUAACAACUUGACCACUAUUUCAGAGACUGAUUUCCCGGGAAGAAGUGUUACAGUUCUUAAUUUAGCCAACAACAACUUUACUGAAGUUCCCUCUCAGGCUUUGGAAAAGUUGUCAAAAUAUGACCUAGUAUUCAACAUCAGUGGGAAUCAUAUUGAGAAAUUAAACAAUCUUGGUAACAUAACUUUGGAGGUCUUAGACCUGAGUGGCAAUCAUAUGACAGAAAUAGAUCCAGGAGUGUUUGAACAUUCCUCAAUAUCUACUCUUGAUCUGCAUAAUAAUGAGCUGACAACACUUCCUAAACUAAUGGAUCUAUAUCUAAGACUUAUGGGUGCUCGAGAAGUACUUUUCCAUGAAAAUCCCUGGCAUUGUGACUGUGAGUUACAAUGGCUGGCCGAUUAUCUUAGAUACCAUUACUCAAGGGUAGACCCAGUUUGUGCAACUCCAACAAAAUAUCAAGGAAAAAUGAUAAGAAAGUUAGGCAGGGAACUGAUGAAAGAUUGCUUACUUACAACCACCACCACCACCACCACCCAAAGUACAACUACUUUAACCACAAUGCAACCAAGUUCCAUAACUCAAAUCAACACUCUGACAGGGUCCAGUUCACUGUCGCCAGUCUCAACAACUAGUUCAAGCUCCGUUAGACCCUCAUCCAUAACCUCAGCUCAAAUUUCUAGAUUAUCUGAGAGUUCUACCACUUCAGUGAAACAAACAACUAAUGUAAGCAACCAAAAUGUGUCGAAUCCUUCAGGUUUAUUAUCAAAUACCACAGAAACGACUUAUUCAGCUACUGGCCAAUCUUACAACACAACAACUCAAAACUACAAUGCAAACACCACCACACAAAACACCACUUCAGCAGCCACCUCAUUCACCACAUCAUCUGGUACAGGAAACCAAAUUACAGAACUUGUUACUCAAACAACACAACCAAGUGCUACAUUGCAGCAAGCUUCCUCUUCUUAUGGAAAUGAAGUGACAAUCUCUGUAGAACAGACCAGUGAUAAGAUUAACACAUCAGAACAAACACUGAGCACCACAGAAAGUGGAACCUUAACCUUAGAAGUUUCUUCCCCUGCUCAAACUUUUCAAUUUGGAAAGACUACAUCUUCAGCUUCGCAAAUGCCAGAAAAUUCUACGUCAACAAAUACUGGAGGUAAUCCUCUAUACACAGACUCAACAUCAGGAGAAAUGACAGAUCAGACUAACGAGGUUUUGAUCACUGAUUAUACCAGCGCAUCCUCAGAACCACAUGGGGACCAAACUACAGAAUCUGUUCUGCCCCAAAAUGCAACCACUUCAGAAAUUUUUCCACUAGAAACUGGAUCCUCUGAUCUAUUCAGGCCUGAACUAUCUACAACUGAACUUGAGUUAAGCACAAAUAACCACAUCAAUCAAAUGACCACACAACCAGACACAUCAGAGCUUAGCACUGAUGUAGAAGUCACCACCACAUCCCAGCUAUUUGGACAAAGCACCACACUGAAGGAGUCAACAACUAAUGACUGGCAGACAUCAACAAAUGAUCAACAAACAGAACCCUUGCCUGGAAGUCUGACCACAAAUUCAAAUCAAAAUGAUACAGAGUCUACAAAUAUCAACAAUGUUCAAACCACAUCAAACCAAAACAUCAACAAAUCAGAAACAACAACAGGAAACUUGGAAUAUUCAACAAAUGGAAUCAUGGAGUAUUCCACAAAUCAAAAUUCACCACAAUCAACAACUGUGUCAACAGAAUAUCACACAGGAACUAAAGAAACAACAGAAGAAAGUACAACAACAUCAGAAACAACAAGCCAAAUUCUGCCAACAAGUCAAUCAAUGGUUGAUACAUCUAGUGAUACUUUAUCAAAACUGGACUACACAACCAUAUCAUAUACAGAUGUUAGCUCUCAAUUAUCACACCUUACAGAAAGCACAGAUAGUGACUCUACUUCUGCUCCAAAUUAUCUCAAAUUCACUACUGAGACCAUGACAUCAAGUUCAGUAUUUGAGUCUUCAACAAGUGAAAUAAGUACAGGGCAAGAAACAAGCUCCAGUGAGACUGACAUAACCACGCAGCAAUUCAAGCUCACAACCAUGCCAGGAGGCUCUGAGAAUACCACUGGGGAAAAUUCAACAGAUCAGACAGCAAGUAACAGUAGUGGAGCCUAUUGGGUGAAUACAACAACAACAAAAACAACAACUGAAGCAUCAAGAGGUGAAAAUACAGCUCAGCAAAAUGCAAGUAAUGGAGCCCCAUGGAUGGAUUCAACAACAACAGCUAAAUCACUAACAGGAGAAACCAUAACACAACUAAAUGCAAGCACUAGGCCAUCUGGGAUGGAUAUGACAACUGAAGCAUCUUCAAUGCAUUUAACAGAAGCCAAUGAAUCAAGUGAAAGCCCUUCUAUUUCUACAAUUACUUCCAACAAUGAGCUCAAUGAAAGCACUACCGUUAACAACCAUGGCAUUACUUCAGGAAGUUUUUCAACCACUUCUGGUAAUCUAAUGAAUGCCACAACACAAAGCAUCACAGGAGAAACAGGGACAUCUGAAACAAGUUCCCCAUUAAAUGCCCUUAUUACUAGUUCCAUUCCAGCUUCAUUGAAUUCAAAUACAACUGAAGAAGCCAAUUCAUCAAGCUAUGGAAUUAAUCAGACAACUAGUGAAUACGCUACACUCCCAACAACCAUAGACUCAAAUUCCACUGCACAGACAGUACCGAACUCUACUGCAGCAAUUGGUUCUAAUCAAACCUCUGGGUCAAAUUUGUCUACACUGUUCACUGGCUAUUUACCAUCAAAUCUGUCUACAACAACCAUGACAACUUUUUUCAAUACCAGCUCCAGUCUAACAACCCAGCAGUCUACACAAAACAACAGUUUUAACACAACAACAGAUAGUGGGAUUUCUCAUCCAACGACUUCAACAAACAUGGUGGUAUCAACAGAGAGAACCACCAAAGAAGAAGUCACCACGCAAAAAUUGACAACUCUACACUCCACCAAUCAGUUCCCAAGUUCUCAAGUCCACCUGACCACUCAUCCUCUUAACUCAAGCUCUGGAUCAGGAGGUUUAUCUACUUCAGCCAGCAAUGGAAACAUAACGACCAAUAACUCCACUUAUCCAGGAAACGCAGAGAAAACUUCCUCCAAGUCGAAGGAGACCGGGACCAGCAUUGCUGCUAUUGUGGCCCCAGUUCUUGCCCUCCUUAUCAUUAGCUGUUUAGCUUUUUUAAUAUUUGCUGGAAUCAAACGUAACUUGUUAAACAAAAUUGCAGACAAAAUGCUUUGUUCCAAUGAGGAGGGCUUUUUCAUGCCAAUAAAACAGUUUGAUCAAGCAAAGCCGCUAUUUAACAGAAAGGUCAAGAGCGAUUACAGUGUAUAUGUAACAGACAAUGGGGAUUUUACACCAACAAAAUAAAGAACUAGCAAAGAGUAUAUCUUAUCCUUGGAAUAUUUACAGCAUAAAAGCAACUGCUAAAUGCAGUAAUAAAACACUGUUCCAUAAUUAUCACCUAAUGUUUGCAAUGCAGAGCUUGUGCAAUCUGUACUUUGCAGUCUGACAUUAUUUUGUGGUACUUUAUACACAAUACAACUACAUCUGUGGCUUGAAUGCUAUUCAAGUAAGCUUCAUAUAAAAAACAAGUGUGAAAGGCUAUAAGAAAAGUUAUGCUGGGUUUGUCAAUUAAAAACUGAGAUUGUUGCCCAAAAAAAACCCACACAGUUGCUCCAUAGAUGUACAUUAUUAACAGUGAUUUUUGUUGUUAUUUUGUAUUAGCUUGCAUAUGUAUUCUCUAUUUUGAAUAUAUCAUUUAAAUGUGA